CGUUGAACCACGGAAGAGAGCAGACGACUGGUCUCUCUCUCUCUUCGUCUGCCUCCGCAUAAGAGAUAAAUCCAUCAGAGCUGGAGUAGCCUAGACCUGUUCGAAGGGUAAAAUGGAAAAUGACUGUUCGAAAUCAUCUGAAAUGAAAUAACCGCAUAAUUCCACCACAGCAGAUAAAGAGAUUGUUAUAUAACCGUCAUUCCCGGAGUGUUUUUAAAUUUGAAAAACUAAACUGACUCGUCAGUUGGCUUUAGUGGCUCAGUUUAAACAGUCGAGUCGGGGGAUUUUACAGAAACUUUUUUGAGAUGCAAUGAUGAGCGUGAAGUGGAUGACUGCACUGUGUGUCAUUUGCUACAGCAUCAACUCGCUUUCUGGGUCGGCUCAUUUGCAAGGUGUCAGGAGCCAUAGCCGUUACGCCCCAAGGGAAGAUGAAAGGGUUGCACUAGACACCAGCUUAUUUUUGAGAGAAUCUCACUAUGGCCUGCCAAUUCAAACGGUGACAGUCAAUGUGGGACAAACGGCGAGGCUGACCUGUUUUGUGCAAACACCAGGAGAUUACAAGGUGGCUUGGAUGAAAAAAGUGACCAACAUCGUCCUGUCGGUGGGGGAAACUGUGAUCAUCAGGGAUCCCAGGAUGUCCGUGCAGAGAGAGCAGAGAUCGACCUGGAUCCUCACGAUCACCAACGUCACCAUCAAGGACCACGGAUACUACACCUGCAACAUAAACACUCUACCCCCGACGUCCAUCCACGGGUUCUUAAACGUCGUAGAGCCGCCCGUGUUGGACGACAAGGACGAGGAGCUGUGGGUGAUGGAAGGAAUGAAAGCGGUCCUCAGCUGCUCCGCCCACGGAACCCCGAUUCCUUCCUACAAGUGGUUCAGAGAAGACUACAGUCGCAUCAGGCUCAAUUCUUCCACGUACGUUCAAAGCUGGGAGAAAAGAAAGCUUAUACUGGAACACGUCAACCACCAGACCGCUGGGGGAUACAUUUGCAUCGCAAGCAAUGGCUAUCCGCCUUCGAAGAGCAAACGAGUCCUCCUGAACGUGUACUUCGCGCCAAAAGUCAGGGGCCCUGGCAGCCAAAUCUGGGCCCACCUCGGACAGGCGGUGAGCUUGACUUGUCUCUACGCGGCUUUCCCAGCUCCUAAUGUCAUGUGGAUCCUGGAGAAUCAUCUGGGACUUCGACGUCUCACGGAAGAAUACUUCACUAAUACUAUACAGGAUGGUCAUCCGCCUUACACGCAUAAUAUGACUUUGCAGAUUAGAAAACUUACUCCAGGGGAUUUCGGGCGCUACACUUGCUCCAUAAGAAACAAAGAAGGUCAAGGCUCCUACACCACAACUUUAAGAGAAAUCACGACAACCAUCGCUCCGCCACCCACGUCGUCAACGAUCACGACCAUAGGUGCUUACACGACGACACUGAUGACCCAUCUGUACAACAGCCUAGGAGGAGCACCGACGUCUUCCAGAUCCCACACGACGUAUGACGACGACACAGUCAACCUCUCGGCUCCCCUCAUCAUCAACCUGACUCCUGAUGUCUACAGAGAAGCCACUAACAGAAGCAGGUGUCUACAAGCCUGCCCCUAUAUCCUGGCUACGUUGCUGUUUUUGAUGGCCGAGUGAGAAGGAAAUGUCUCUGUACGAUUUCUACUUUAUCGAUUGUCUCCUGCAACAGUUAUCGUUUAACUGGUGUCAUGUGAAAAUGAUUGACCCCCUAAAGUUUUUUAAGUGCAAUUAUUACCAUUCUUUCCAACUUGAGUCUAGAAUAGUUUUGUUGUGAUAAAUUUCCAAUGACUGAUUCGUGACUGAGGGUGGACGACGGAGAAAGGCGAAACGUUGCAGCUGGAUCAUUGGACAUAUUUAGGAGAGAGUACUGGAAUGUGUCAUGGAUGAAAACGACAGAACACAACCCUUAAGAAUGCCACUUCAAGAAGGGGAAGGUGUUAUUGUGCCAUCACCAACGAUGGAUGGAUAGUUGGUGAACAGAAGCAUUCAAUAAAGCCAUUAACUCUAUGUUAGGAUCAUGAAGCACUAUGCCACGGAAUCAAAGGCCUCAGGGUUAUCAGGGGUAAUAGCAAUAGACUUUCCAUCUCUUACAGAGGAUAUUCAGCAUCGACUUAAAGUCUACAGUGGAUCUUGUCUUGCCAAGUGUCAUUCAGGGUGUUUGAGAAAGUUAAAUCUGUGAAAAGUUUUUGAUACUUUACCAAUGUUAGACGUUAACAUAACCAAAUCGUAACAUGAAAGAUUCAAGCCAGAACUGUAUUCUCAGAGAUAUAAACAAUCUAAUGGUUUUAAAGUAUAGGAUCCAUUUUGUAUGCAAAAUCCAUCUGGAAUAAGGCACCCAUCAAACUCCUUGGGACCUUCAACCAAGCAAGAAUCUUAGAAACCUGAUAAGCAGAAAAUGUAGGUGAGUGAGUGAGAUUAGGGACGGCUGUCUCUUAGGAGUGGGAGAGUGGAAUUGGAUAGUUUUGUUAAAAUAAACUUCUUUCUGGCUAAGAACUGAAAACGUUGAGUAAACUAUUGGGUCAAGACUGAUUAAAAGGAUACAAUAGUUUGAAGCCUGACUCAUUGGAAAACAUUGAGGAUACCAGCCUCAAAGAUCUGGCGUUUAAAGUUGGGUCUGGUUAGUACUUGGAUGGGUGUCCAGUGUGCACAAAGGCCUGUAGAAUAUCAGUGGGGAAGGGUGUGGAGCUAGCACCUUCAACCCCCUCCCCUCCCCACCCCUAAACAGAAGAUUUGCCAAAAGCAUCAAGACUUAGAACUUCUAGGACCAUCUCCCAAAUGGAAGAGGCAUAUGGUAUUGUGAUGUCUGCCAUGCCCAGGAGUUGAACUUGCUCCAUUAAAAACCUAUGCACUGAAUUAUGUACCUGGUAGGCAGACGACCAUGGUAUCACAAAAAAGACACCUUAAUUCACUGCUUAUGGCAACACAGACACAAAUGGUUGUAAAGGCCUGUUCACACUAGGAAACAUUGUUUGCAAACAAAGUUUGCAAACUUUGUUUACAAUGUUUCCUAAUGUGACAGGCCUUAGGGGACGCACCCAAAUCGUUUACCAAGGGAGAGAGAGAGAGAGAGAGAGAGAGAGAGAGAGAGAGAGAGAGAGAGAGAGAAUUUAAAUAUAUAGUGUCUCGACAAGCAUAUGACAGUCAUAUGCUGUGAUAAUCAUGAAAAAAAAUCUUAAAUUAUUAUUAUUAUUAUUAUUAUUAUUAUUAUUAUUAUUAUUAUUAUUAUUAUUAUUAUUAUUAUUAUUAUUAUUAUUAUAUUCUGAAAAUGAACCCAAUUCAUUCGAAAUAGGUCACAGGUAUGGUGGGAAAUGCAGAAAGAGAAGCUCAGUUAAGAGCAAAAUAAUCCAAUAAAUAAAUAAAUAAAUAAAAAGUGAACUGAGCAGUUAAAGGGGAGUACCGUUGUAUAGAAUGAAUAUGUUUGGGUUGCAGGGACCAAGAGGAACACUUCAGAAAGGUAGAAGAAGUCAACAAAAGGGAGCGAUUCUGAAAAGAUCUUUUGCAAAACUAAAUAAGUGCUAAUCCCAUGUUCCUCUCUCUCUCUCUCUCUCUCUCUCUCUCUCUCUCUCUCUCUCUCUCUCCUUCAAUACUAUUGCCACAAUAACCCCAUCUUGUUUUAACAUUGUCUUUAUAUGUCUGAACCUGCUUUUAUCGAUUAAUUUAUAUUUAUUAUUUACAUACAUUCAUCCUUUUCGAUGGAACGAAAUAAGCAUUUCUCACGUUAGAACUUUUAGAGACGAAACAUUACGUAACUGUAACGCGAAUAAAUCAAGUCACAAAUUAAGAUUCCGUAUUUAUGAUACUGUGAUACGAAUAGAACUCUUUCGAUGAUAGAUUCAACUUUAUAAAUCUUAUAUAUAUAUAUAUAUAUAUAUAUAUAUAUAUAUAUAUAUAUAUAUAUAUAUAUAUAUAUAUAUAUAUAUAUAUAUAUAUAUAUAUAUAUCUCAGCGGUCAGGUCGGACUUGAGACUAUCUUUAUAAA